UUUAGCUUGAUUGACUAAUUGUCUUUUCAAAUCUUAAUUUCUAGAUAAGAGUCUUGAGGAGGAUGCCCCUGUGGACUUGGAAGAGGAAGCAGAAGCAGAAGUGAAGCUGCCUUGCCCUAUACAAAUUGUCCUUGCACGUGAAGAUGACCAUAACUUUGAACUCGAUGAAAAGGCAUUGGAGCACAUUUUGCUUCAGGAGCACAUAAAAGAUCUCAAUAUAGUAGUUGUAUCUGUAGCAGGGGCUUUCCGCAAAGGGAAAUCGUUUCUACUGGACUUCAUGCUUAGAUAUAUGUACAACAGGAAUUCCUCCUGUUGGAUAGGUGGGAACAAUGAGCCAUUGACUGGGUUUACGUGGAGAGGUGGAUGUGAAAGAGAAACUACUGGCAUUCAGAUAUGGAGCGAAGUGUUUGUAAUUGACAAAUUGGAUGGAACAAAGGUGGCUGUACUACUUAUGGAUACCCAAGGUGCCUUUGAUAGCCAAUCCACUAUCAAAGACUGUGCGACGGUAUUUGCUCUGAGCACCAUGACAAGUUCUGUCCAGGUUUACAACUUGUCCCAGAACAUUCAAGAAGAUGAUCUCCAGCAUUUGCAGUUGUUUACAGAGUAUGGAAGACUUGCUAUGGAAGAAAUUUACCAAAAGCCAUUUCAGACACUAAUGUUCUUAAUUAGAGAUUGGAGCUAUCCUUAUGAACACUCGUAUGGCCUGGAAGGAGGAGAAAACUUUCUAGAAAAGAGAUUGCAGGUAAAGCAAAACCAGCACGAAGAGUUACAGAAUGUAAGAAAGCAUAUUCGCUCCUGUUUCAGCAACCUUGGAUGUUUCCUCUUGCCUCACCCUGGUCUUAAAGUUGCAACUAAUCCAAAUUUUGAUGGGAGGUUGAAUGACAUUGAUGAUGAUUUCAAGAGAGAGCUGCGGAAUCUGGUUCCUUUACUACUUGCUCCUGAAAACUUGGUAGAAAAAGAGAUCAGCGGAUCCAAGGUGACUUGUAGAGAUCUUGUAGAAUAUUUUAAGGCUUACAUUAAAAUCUAUCAGGGAGAGGCGCUACCUCAUCCUAAAUCCAUGCUCCAGGCAACAGCUGAAGCCAACAAUCUUGCUGCAGUGGCAGGAGCAAAAGACACGUACAACAAAGGCAUGGAGCAGGUGUGUGGUGGAGAUAAGCCUUACAUCGCUCCCUCUGACCUAGAGAGACAGCACCAGGGUUUUAAAGAGUCCGCUGUCAAACAGUUCUGUGCUGUGAAAAAGAUGGGAGGAGACGAGUUCUGUCACCGCUACCAAGACCAGCUGGAAGCAGAGAUCGAUGAAAUCUAUGCAAACUUUGUGAAGCACAACGAUGGCAAAAACAUCUUCUAUGCUGCUCGCACCCCUGCCACCCUCUUUGCGGUUAUGUUUGCCAUGUAUAUCAUCUCAGGACUGACUGGCUUCCUGGGUAUGAGCCCCAUAGCUAGCCUGUGCAAUCUCCUCAUGGGGCUGGCGCUGGUAUCCCUUUGCACGUGGGCCUAUGUGAAGUACUCGGGGGAAUUCCGAGAAGUUGGAAUAGUCAUUGAUCAAAUUGCUGAAACACUAUGGGAACAGGUAUUGAAGCCCCUGAGUGAAAAUUUGUUGGAGGAUAACAUGAGGCAGUCUGUAACAAACUCGAUCAAAGCAGGCCUGAGUGAACAGGUGUCUCACCAUGCCAGAUUAAAGACAGACUGACAGUUCAUCUCCUCUUCAGCUCUGCCCUCAUCCUAGACAUGCUUGCUGUACAAGAACUCAAUAAAAAUAAACCAAAGUUUACAAUCAACUCUAGCAGUAGUUUAGUGUGACCGGCUUCACAGAUUGGUGCCAUCAAAUGUGCAAAAUACAUUUGUCAACGUGAAGCAUUCGCUUUAGUCUGAGACAGACCAGUGCCAUGGAGACUGGUAAGUGUGGGGACUCGAAAUACAGUUGUAGUGUAUUGUGCACACUGUGUGCCAGCAUGAGUGACUUUCCUCCUUUUCUGGGAGGCUGCAAUCUCUGAUGUACAAUGGAAAUGUAUCCUCUGUACAAGGAUGUUUCAGGGAAGUAAUUUUCAAAUGUGUACAAGGAAAUCUUUUACCAGUGUAUUUAGCCACCCAAUAUCCCAUUAGAACUUUGACGUGUGGAGUAUUUAUAAAAGCACUGCAUCGAGUCCAAUUGAAAUGUCAGUGCCAGCUGACAGUGAAGCCAUCAGUGAGCCACUGUAUAAAGAGGAGCUUGCUUUACUGCUUUUUUCACCAGUGUUACCCCAAGGCAUGUGCUGGUUCCUCUCAAUGACAUUAGAACUGCUGCAAUGAAGGGAGUGACUCAAAAUGUAUCUGUCUUGCCUUUCUGAUUCACAGACUUUGUCCUACAGGAGAUGCAUAUCAGAAAACUGAGCUGUCUUUUUCUGCAGUUUAGCCUUCAUGUAUAUAACACACGAUUAAUUUUACUGGGGAAGUUCCAUCCAAAAGAAAGUUGCCUACAACUAUGAAGCAAUGAGUUAGGCUUGUCUGUACAGAGUGUUUAGUUUUAUUUUUAAGAAGUCAGAUAGGGCGUGUAUAUGAAAUAUAAAUAUAUAAAUACAAUUUUGUAUCAAAGUUUUGUAGUUUAUGGCAAAACCUGGUUCUGUGGUAGGCUAAGUCCAGUCCCUGUGACAGAAUGCUUGUGGCUCACGUAACUGUGUGAAUGCAUAAACAGUUUGGCGUUUUUUGAUAUAUUUGUGAUAUUUACCUGCCCUGAGCACGGCGAUCUCUCACCCACUGGGAAAUCAAUGGAAUGUUGGUUGUGAAACUUCUUGUCCUCUGUUGCAUUUUAAAGUUUUCCUGUAAUUUAUUUUCAGUACAUGAUUAAAAUAAGUUGUGUAUAUAUGAAAUGAAACUCAUCUUUCUUCUUUAAGAAAUGCUGGCAUAUGUAUUCCACUACAUAAAUCACGUCAGCUAUUUAUUCUCAAAAGGUAAAACAAGGAUUGCAUGCUGUAUUUAGCACAAAUAUGCUCCAGUUUUUAAUGAAGAUGAACUUGAAAAUACAUUGUUCCCCUUUCACUUUGGCAUAUGUUUGAAAGAGAACACUGGUUAGCUCGUUUUGUAAAAAAAAAUAAAAAUAAAUGUGUGGUGGUAUAUCAUGCGGAUUGAUAUCCCAUAAAGCACAUUACUUCACUUGUUGAGCUGCAUGUCAAUUUGCAAACGCUAUGGAUUGUAUUUUUCUGAAACUUUGUUUUGUUAUGGAUUGUGACCUUCAAUUCCAUAUGUAUUAAACUGAUAUUAUCUGAAGUGUUCUCAAAUAUAUAAACGAAGCCUAAGCAAGGGUAACUAAAUAGCAUCUUAGCUGUUUUUCACCUGAAAAUGAUCAGUUUGUGCAAUGGAUUGUUUUGCAUUUAUAAUUACAUAGAGAAAGUAUUAAACUGAUUGGUUAAAGCUCCU